AUUUUCAUUGUUUAUUAAGUGUCCUCAAGCUUCCUCUCUCUCUUUUUUUUUUUUUUUUUGCAUAUAUCCAUUUACACCAUCUUCUAUAAUUCUAUAAAAAGGUUUCCAAGUUGGGAAUUAGGUAUCUUGUUUGUUAUGCAUCUCUUUUACACUCCCUUCCCCAUCAUUUCCCUUCUCUCUAACGGUUAACUGAAUGGGAGAGACAUCGGUGCUCUCUGUUUUUGAGGUAGUGAAGUAUUAGGAGCCAGGAAAGGAAAGUUGACCUCUGUCUGAUUUUACAAUGCCAGUUCCUCUUGCUCCAUACCCGACACCUCCAGCGCCAUACACUCCUCCUGCCAAUGGUGCUCAGAGCCAGCUUGUGUGUUCUGGAUGUAGAAACCUAUUACUCUAUCCGGUUGGAGCAACCUCUGUGUGCUGUGCUGUUUGCAAUGCAGUAACAGCCGUGCCGCCUCCUGGCACAGAAAUGGCCCAGUUGGUUUGUGGAGGCUGCCAUACCUUAUUAAUGUACAUCCGGGGGGCCACAAGUGUUCAAUGUUCAUGCUGUCACACCGUCAAUCUGGCAUUGGAAGCAAAUCAGGUGGCACAUGUAAAUUGUGGGAACUGCAGGAUGCUACUAAUGUACCAGUAUGGAGCACGAUCUGUAAAAUGUGCAGUUUGCAAUUUUGUGACAUCAGUUGGGGCCUCAGCCAGUGCCACUGAACAGAAGUUCAACAGCUAAAGAUUUUAUUUUCACACCCAAGUUGAUUACUUAGAAGCUACAACUUCGGUUUUCCAACAUUACAAUGUCCUCGGCCACGGUUGCAUCUCUCAGCAAAAUAGAGGAAAUCCCCUCCUCAAAUGUAUAGAGUUAUUUUUCCUUGCGUGACCUAUUUAUGAAUAAGCAGUUUUGGCGGCUGGUUGGAUGUAUGAUAAGUGUUUCCAUCAGAAAGACUUUCUGUUAUCUUCCGAUAAGAUAAACUUGGUUUUCUGCUACUUUGCUUUAUGAGUAUGAGUGGCAUUAAAUACACGGCGCAAAGUUAAUUUCUGAUA